CACGGCAUUCGAUCCCCACUCCCGCAUCGUUCGAUCCCCUCUCCCUCGCCGCCGCCGCCGCCGCCGCCGCCGCCGGCCGGCGCGCCAGCAUCGCUGCCAUGCUCCGCCUCCGGGGCUGCAUCCUCCCCCGCCUCCUCUCAUCUCCCGCCACCUCCCUCCACCGCCUCCUCUCCGCGGCCGUUUCUCCGAGCCCUCCUAGCUUCGCCGUGGAGGAGUACCUCGUCGCCACCUGCGGCCUCACCCCAGCGCAGGCCCGCAAGGCCUCCCCCAAGCUCUCCCACCUCAAGUCCCCGGCCAACCCCGACGCCGUGCUCGCCUUCCUCGCCGGCCUCGGCCUCUCCGCCGCCGACCUCGCCACCGCCGUCCGCAAGGACCCCAGGUUGCUCUGCGCGGGCGUGGAGACAACCCUGGCCCCCAAUGUCGCGGAGCUCACCGGCCUGGGUCUCUCGCCUUCUGAGAUCGCGCGCCUCGUCUCGAUCACCGGCACCACUUUCCGCUGCAAAUCCAUCGUCUCCGGACUGCACUACUGCUUGCCCCUCUUCGGCUCCUCAGAGAACCUCCUUCGGGUCCUCAAGAGUGGCUCCGUUCUCGGGUCUGACCUCCAACGGGUGAUCAAGCCCAAUGUCGCCUUCCUGAGGGAGUGCAGGCUAGGUGCUUGCGAUAUUGCCAAGCUCUACGUAUUUCGGCCAUCGCCGCUCAGCAUCAGCACCGAACGCAUCCGGACAGCAGUGGCGCGUGUUGACGGUCUUGGUGUAUCCCGUGGAUCUCCCAUGUUCAAGCAUGCGCUACAAGCUGUUGCAUUCCUCACCGAGGAGAAAAUCACCGCCAAUGUAGAGCACUUGAAGAAAGCGUUCAGGUGGUCGGAUGCCGAGGUGGGCAUUGCUGUUUCUAAGGCUCCAUCGUUGCUGACGAAGAAUAAGGAAUCGCUGCAGCGCAGGUCCGAGUUCCUCAUCUCUGAGCUGGGGUUGGAACCCGCAUACAUUGCUUAUCGUCCGGCAAUGCUCACUUACAGCUUGGAGGGCCGGAUCAGACCCCGGUACUAUGUCGUAAAGUUUCUCAAGGAAAAUGGAUUGCUCAAGCGUGACCCGAGCUACUUUACUGUUUUCAAGGAGUCCGGGAAGGCAUUCAACAAGAUGUUCAUACACCCUCAUAAGGAAGCUGCACCACACCUUGAAAAAGACUACGAUGCUGCUUGCAAAGGGGAGGUGCCCACUAAUUUCAGAUUCACAUAAGCCAAGAACGGGCUCUGAUGUAACUGUGUGCUGGUUGUCCGCUGCUGUAUGUCUGUUAGAUGCUGGGUUGGUGGUUGUUAACGAGUGAUGAAGCUGAUAAUUUGAUCCCUGGAUACUGAUAUUUAAUGUCACCACUCAGCCGAGAAGAAACCAUGGAUUGGUUAUGAACUUUUUCGUCCUCAUUCAUGUUUUAAACACAUGUAUUGAAACUAAGUAAGUGUGAGAUCAGGCCAUUCUGUAAUGCACUAAAAUUUCAGUUUUCAAGUUAAUUGCCUGUGCAUUGAGAUAAUGAGCCAAGGUAAGGUCUCCUUCAUUGUGGGUAAUGUAUUCCUAAUGUUCUAUUUCUGUUUUUGCAAUUCAUAGUGGAUAAUUUGAGGGUAAAUCUGGUGCCCUUCCCAAAUCUAGGUAAAUAGUCUUUUUGGCAUGGUCAAUUCACCUGGCUUUAGCUUAACCUAUUUAUUAGUUAUGGUUUCAUAUAAAAAUCAUUUUGGUUUGCUCAUAUGCAGAUUCAUAGAGAUCCGUCUUUGCUUUAACUAACGAACUAAAGAUAGACUUGUUCAUUCAACUAUAGAAAGCGUCUACAAGUGAGUUCUCCUUUAAUUGGAUCAGAGGUAAUGGUUUGGAGCCAUCGGUCAUCUUGUUUAUUGAGACAAUGAAGAAGCACUUGCUGCUAGUGAUAUUAUUGAGACAAAGGAGCACUAAUUUUGUACUGGUGUGUAUUGUGUUCAUGCUCUGCAUCAUGGCCAUAAAUCAUGUGUUUACUGUGGAUGGCAGCUAUAGAUUUUUUUUGUUCAUUAUCGUGUUUUGAUCUUAUGGGCAAUUCAGCUAGUUCGUGUCUCUUCCUUGUAUAACCAAGCUACCUCUUCUUCAAUUUGGCUAAACCGAGUGCUUAAUUUAUUACUUUGGUCAGUGUGAUUGUGAAUAUAGGCACCAAACAGUUGGUAUCAUGUACUAUAUCCAUACUCUGAAUACAUGGUCUGAAUAUCUGCAGAUACUGCAGGUUCUUAAUUACUCCCCCCUAGUAAUCUGUUUGUUCGAAAUGCCGCACAUAAUCUGCUAGCCUUUUGGGACAGAUUACUUCCAGCUGACCACAUGAUCUGUACUUGAGAAAGAUAUCAUUGAAGUUCAGUGACAGAUAGUGUCGUUAUGAUUUUCGCAAGGAAAAAUUAAGUCGUGGUAGGAAAAGAAAAAAAGCCAGAUGGGAUGUCAUGUAGUAUAGAGUCUUGCAGAAUUUCAAAUAUAGGAAUAGUGUGUACCUCAGUUUACAAACCAACCUGUGCGAGGAUGGUGCACAUUUAUUUGUUCCUGAUUUGAGGCUGUAGAAGUUGGAAGAAAUGAGAUGUUAGGUGUGUAUGCUUACUGUAAAGCAAAAGGGAUGGUUCAUGCUAUACUGGCGAAGAGAUGUGAUUUAAAGAUCAGUUGUGUGUCCCUUCUCUAGUGCUUGUUGAAAUUAUAGAAUCAAGAUUAAUGGAAUGUAGGCGAGGUGAACAGGUCGAUGGAUGAAGUGACUUACCACCAGGUGAGAAGAUGUGGAGUUCUUCCUCGGGCAAAAAGUGGCUGGGCAAUAGGAGCAUACUGAUUUACUGAAUGUGGAUGGUGCUUUCUUUCUUCCAGGUGAAGAUGUGCUAAAACUGCAUGUUGAUGGUGCCUUUUCUUCUUCUUUCAGGAAACGAGAGGAACCAUGGCGGCAAUGGCUUUGCUGUACUAUACAUGAUUCUGAAGGCUCUGUUAGUUGAUGGUGGCCUGAAGCUUCAGUGACAAGUACGGCCUGAUGAUGGCAUGAGUUCUAAUCAGGGAAGCUCCUACUUUUCUCUUUUCUGAAUCUUGCAAGUUAAGUAAUCCUUCUAGUAUUGUAUACUAUAGAUUUGAAUAAUCCUUCUAGCAUCUGGUGCUUUCAUCAAUUUUGUACAUUUUGUUGGAUCUUCACUUGGAUGUAAACAAUUUGAACGAGUCACACAUGCAUGUAAACAGUAAGUGGUACGUAAAUUUUGUACUCUGAACUCUGAAUUUGAAUCAGAGCUGAAAAUUAGCCCUGAAUCUUUCAGACUUCAUGUGUGAACUCUGAAACCUAUUAUACCCAAGUCAAGUGUGAAGCUAUAUAUAUAGUACUCCCUCCGUCCCAUAAUAUAAGAGCGUGUUUUCGACACUAGUGUAGUGUCAAAAACGGUCUUAUAUUAUGGACAGAGGGAGUAGUAAGUAUGUGUUUAAAAAUCUUUCAGGAUCCAAGUUAACUCGAAUCAGAGCUGAAAAAUAGAGAUCUUACAACAAAGUUUUUUAACUGUUCCUUUUCCCCAACAGUGGCAUGUUCCAUUUUUGGCUGCAAGCCUGCAAGAACCUAAUAUGGCCAACUUCUAGUGUUAUUUGCUUCAGAUGCUUCAAAGCCACAACUAUUUUAUCAGUAUUUUCCAUUAUCAUAGCGGCAUCUGUAUGACGCGAGCUCUUACGCUUUCAGAACAUUGGGACUGGGCUUAACUAAUUAUGUCGAGAAAUCACUUAUCUUAAACUACAUCAGUGAUUAGAGGACUUUGAGCGAAAAGUUCUUGUGUCUUUAUCAUAAAUGUCCAACUUAGACAGUUUCACUGAAAGUAUUGAAGGCAUGUGAUGAAAUCCAAGUGCAAAUGCUAUCUGAUUUGCAUCAUUCUUAUUUCUGCAAUCUAUUUCUCCAACAUUUAUUCGUAUUCAUUUAGAGUAGACAAUAAUAUAAUCCACUAGUGAACUUACUGCAUGAAGGCAAUAUGCUGACAGUUGAUAAUAAAAUACUCCAACUCCAGAAUUAAUCCGAAAAUUAUAACAAUUAUCUACAUGUAUGGAGCAGAGAUGAAAAACUUGCGGAAGAGGCCAUGAUGAGCAAUCGACCUGACGAGGACCAGGAGAAAAAGAAGAGCAGCAAUUGGGGGAUGGUCAAAGAGGAGAGCCUAAUGAUAACACCAGUGUUUCUGUCUCCAGAUCAAACUCGAUGACAGGCAUGGUGCCACGUACGGGGAUUCGGUUGAACUAAACAUUCAGAGAGAAGAGCAUCACAAGAUAUUAGAUGCCGCAGGGAAUGUACCUUAGCUAUGGCUCCUAAAAACAACGCGGCAUUCCAUCGUGGAGUGAGGCAGCCUGAACAAACCACAAGUUGAGUGAACAAUCGAUUCGAUGUGGUAUGAUUUUCCUACUCUGAACUCUGAAUUUAAACCGGAGCCCAAAGUGAGCUCUGGGACUCUGAAAUUUUCAGACUUGAUGAUGGUUGAGCUCUGAAACUUGUUACACCCAAGUCGAGUGUCAUUGAUGCUACCUACUGUAGGUUUCUAUUAAAUCUUACAAUUGAACGAGUCAUGCAUGUGCGUAACAAUCAGUUUGUGUCCUGUAAAUUAUGCACUCUCAGCUCUAAAUAUUCUUUCAGACCUGAUUUAAUUAGUGAACUCUGACUUAAUUGUUAACUUGAGUCACAACUCAGAAUCACUAGCAAGUACAUGAGUCAAGUACGUAAAAUAUUAAGAGUAAUGUGUGUCAUUUUUUUUAGAUGACAACAGUUUGUAUCCUGUAACAAAGUAUUUGUCGCCUCUGUUUAAGUAAGUGAACGAAUGAAUUGGGGCCAAAAGGUAAUACACAAGCAUUCUGUUCUAGAAAAAAUAAUUGAUGUGAGUGUUCUCAAUUUUUUUUUUCAAGUGCACUAGGGUCUUUAUUAAAACUCCGCAAUGCUUGGGAUACAAAUGAUGUCUGGUAAGAACCAUAGCCACAAGUUGGGACCAACUGGCAGAUAAACAACUUUUUUCUAUACAAUCGCACGGAGUUUUAUUAAACCAUCAUGAUGUUUAUAUGGACGAAAGGAAGUCCAUUGGGCUGACGCUGACCUAACUAAACAUCGGGGCCAGCCCUUAAAGAUAACGCAUGCUUUGCUAAAUUGUGAGCUUUCAAAUUGGAGCUCCUAAAUUCAUGAAAUAUGUUACAUGAAAUUAAAACAUCUGAAUGUUGCUUGAUCUCCUGAAUAAUUGGUCCAUAUAGGUAGCAGCACUUCCAGCUUAAUUUCAUCGACAACCACCUUUGCAAUCAGAGGCGACAUGUAUAUGCUGCAAGUUGAGAUCCCAGAUUACUUUUUUUUGGAGGGGUGAAGAUCCUUCCAGAUUACUUGGGAUUUCUGGUGUGACUACUAAAAGGCUUCAAGGCCCACUAAGCCUAAGCCUCACACGCUGGGCUAGAAAGGCUUCAAGAACCAAGAUUAAUGAAAUGCAGGCAAGGGCGGAUCGGCAGACGAAGUACUUAAUUACCACCGGCUGAGAAGAUGCCGACUUUUCCUCAAGAGAAAAAAGGGGCUGGGCUAUAGAAGCAUAUUGAUUUACUGAAUGUGGAUGGUGUUUUGUUCUCCUUCUAACAGGAAAGGAGACAAAUCAUGGCGGCUACAGCUUUGCUGUACUAUACUGAAGGCUCUGUUAGUUUAUGAUAUGAUGUCCUGUAGUUUCAGUGACAAGUAUGGCCUGAUGAUGGGUGGUGUGAGUUUUAUUCAGGGAAGUUCCUACUUCUCUCUUUUGAAUUUUGCAAAGUAAAGUAAUCCUUCUAGUGUUGUACUUCAGAUUUGAAUAAACUUGCAGCAUCCGGUGCUUUAAUCAAAUUGUACAUUUUGUUGGA